AUGUCGCAUGCCAAUUAUAUUGCGGUACCGGCGGCAACAUCUGGAUACAAAGGUGAACCAGGCAGUGAAGGUACAGCUGGACCUAAAGGUUCCAAAGGAGAAAAUGGUCCACCAGGAAUUGCUGGAUCACGAGGAAGACGAGGCCGUUCCGGUGUCACUGGUCCGCCUGGAGAGCAAGGGAUUACUGGACCACAAGGCCCACCGGGAGAGACAGGCAUACAGGGAGAGAAUGGCAUAAGAGGUCCACCUGGAAUUAAAGGUGAAAAAGGAAUAAAGGGAGAGAAUGACACAAGAGGUCCACUUGGAAUUACAGGUGAAAAAGGAAUAAAGGGCGACGUUGGAAGUACCGGGCCCAGAGGCAUCAAAGGAGUUGGUGGCACUCCGGGUCCACCCGGCACUGCAGGCGCUAUCGGUUCACCAGGACAAAGAGGUCACAGGGGAGAGAGAGGAUUGCCCGGAUACAAAGGAGAGCAAGGGCCACAAGGAGUGCCCGGUCCAGAGAUGAACGAAAGCACUCUGCAAACAUACUUCGCACCAGUUGCAUCACUGCAGGAAGAGGUGGUGAAGCUAAAUGCUACCUUACAAACGUUACUUCAAAACUAUUCAGAAAGAAGUGAGCCUGUAGCUGCUCAUCUUUACGGAAGCAGCGCUUCAGCAACAAUUUCAAGUGGUACACUCAUAACUUACUGGACAACGAAUACAUCACAGCCUGGCUUUCUCAGUGGAGGAAUGAAAUACAAUGGUGGAUUCAUCACGGUGCCUCAUGGUGGCAUUUACUAUGUUUACUCACAGUUUUGGUUCGACCCUCACUCAGAACAGAAUAACUGUCAGUUUGACGUAAAGUUGAACGACAAAUAUCUUGCUCGUAGUCAAAUCUAUCAAGCCAAUCCCAGUGAUAAUGAUGAAAGUCAGUACACGGGGUUUCUAGUCGUUAUGGAGAAGGGUGACAGAUUGUCAGUUGUUACCGGAAGUACCUGCUACCUCCACUUUUAUCAAUACGGGAUCACAGCAUUUUUUGGAGCUUUCCAAGUCGUUUGA